AUGGUACCAUCACGGUACCAGAGCUACUGUACGUUGCCUCGGCCGGAACAAAUCGAUUUCGACCAGCAUUCGAAUUAUGGCAGCGAGAUCAGUCAAAUGGCCAAACAGAUUAAUCAGUUGUAUGGAGUAUAUGGUCAGCCUUCGAUGGAUCCGAAUCCUACACCGAGACAGGGUGCUGUAGGAAGCAGUCGGCCAGCAUCAUCGAUGCUAGUUGGAGCUCCAGGAAUGGCAAGCGAUUUUCUUACACGACAGCACUCUGUUUAUGGGGCGGGCGAGCCCAGUGCUAUGCCCCAAAUAUCUGAAGAAGAUAUUUUGAAGCCAGCCAAAGAUAUCGUCUAUUUCGAUGCACUGUCGCUGCUUUCUGUGCUUUGCUCACUAGUGAUUUUUGGCUGUGGAGUGUUACGGAUAUUAUGGGAUUCUAAAUGGGCCAUCGGCAUAGAACUUAUUUUCGCUGUACUCGUUUUCACAGCUGGCAUCACUGGAAUCUACGCCAACAGUCGGAGAUCUCACACUGCAGCAGCCGCAACAUUCAUCCUGUCGAUGAUGAACAGCGUCCUUGGCAGCAUACCCUUCACACUCGGUAAUCUCUUUCUGAAACAUCAACGCUCUUGGACAGAAUUCUGA